GAAUCUGAAAUUCCAGAAACAUUUCAUUUUUUAUGGGAAAAACAAUAGAGCAUACUGCUUUCACGUCUAAUUUGAGAGAAAACUAAAACCCACGUCUGUUCUGAAAAGUCAAAGAUCUCCGAAAGCUAUCACUACCUUGAUCAAAACGCAUUGCUCAUCUCAAAUUUUCCAGGGCCUUCUACUGAUUAGUCUGAUUUGUAAUGUCAUGUUUUAUUUUGUAAUACCAGUGCCGUUUGAUUCAACAUCGUAAAAAAUCUCUGAUCAUUGAUUAGAUCAUUCAUAUUGUCACAUGUUUUAAUUGUAUCGCUCGAGUGUUUUGGCUCUUUAUAGUAUUGUUUAUAUCAAUUAACAGGAGUAAAGGUGUUGAUGGCAUUUGGAGCUUAGAUCAAAAGUGGUACAUUAAAACAUAACUAUGGGAAUCUUGUCACGCAGGUAAACAAGCUUCUUUAUCUCGUUUCUUUUCUUCUUCUUCUUCUCUCUAUAGAUGCAGAUAAAGCUUUAGAUCAGAUGAUAAUUGUUGUUAGUACAGUCCAACUAAAUGUAGAAGAUCAGAAGAUCAUGGCAUGAAGCUUCUUGCAACUGCUUUGUUUUCUGUAACUUUUGGUAUUCUGAUUGGACUGUCAUUUCCAUCUUUAUGGAUCACUAAGGUUAAUCUUCUUUCUCUUCAAUCUUUUUUUUCUUCUUCUUAGAUUUUUCUUCAUCUGUUGCCAUUUUGUAUUGUGCAGGGUAGUCUACCAAAAACUCUUCUUUGUUCUGUUGCUCUCUCACAGAUAGAUUCAGAUACUGCAGCUCCUACACUGGCCAUUGAUAACUCAAAGGCAUGUUUUAUGUUUUUGUUUUGAGAAGAAUGACACUUUUGUUUGCAUGUUUCAAGAACAAUGUGAUUCACAUUCUCAGAUAUGGGUUCCUUCAAAUCCUCAAGGCGCUGAGAGAUUGCCACCGGGUAUUAUUGCAUCUGAAUCAGACUUGUACUUGCGCAGAUUGUGGGGGAACCCUGAAGAGGAUUUGAAGAAUAAACCGAGAUAUCUAGUAACAUUUACCGUGGGAUAUAACCAGAGACACAAUAUAGAUGCAUGUAUUAAGAAGUUUUCAGAUAGUUUCACCAUUGUUCUGUUUCAUUAUGACGGGAGAGUAAGUGAGUGGGAUGAUGAGUUUGAGUGGUCAAAGAAUGUAAUACACAUAAGUGUCCUCAAGCAAACCAAAUGGUGGUAUGCAAAGAGAUUCUUGCACCCGGACAUUAUAGCGCGAUACGAUUAUAUAUUCAUAUGGGAUGAAGAUCUUGGAGUUGAUCACUUUAACGCAGAAGAAUAUGUACACAUGGUCAAGAAACAUGGCCUUGAGAUUUCACAGCCUGGUUUGGACCCAGAGAAAGGUUGUACAUGGCAGAUCACUAAAAGAAGAAAACAUGUCGAAGUCCAUAAGGAAACAGAUGAAAAACUUGAAUGGUGCUCCAAUCCUCCUCGGCCUCCAUGUGCUGCAUUUGUAGAGAUUAUGGCUCCUGUUUUCUCAAGAGAUGCAUGGCGCUGCGUGUGGCAUAUGAUCCAGAAUGAUUUGGUUCACGGUUGGGGUCUUGACUUUGCACUCAGAAGAUGUGUUGAGGAGCCUGCUUACGAGAAGAUAGGAAUUGUAGACUCUCAGUGGAUUGUUCAUCAGUUUAUCCCUUCACUUGGCAGUCAGGGAAAAGAAAAAAAUGGGAAAUCUCCAUUGGAAGGGGUAAGAAAGCUUGAUCUUGUCAGAAUAAGAAGAUUGGUCUUGUUUUGGAGGGUUUGGUCCUGUCUUAAUAAGAAGCUUGGUCUUUUUUAUGUACUGUAGAAGAAUAACUUGAUAAGCAAGCAACUAGAUGUGUCCCACAUUUAUGUUUCAGUGUGGUUGUUGUUUAUGUAGGUGAGGGACAGAUGCCAUAUGGAAUGGAAAAUGUUCGAGAGCAGACUAGAUAACGCAGAGAAGGAUUAUUACAAAUCAUUACAAGUUCAAAGCCAAUCCAAGUCAACCACCUUUCAAUAGGACCUUAACCAUUUUUGUUGUAGUCAGGAGUGAUUCUUCCCAAUAUUUACAUACAGAUCUUAUAGUAAUAUAUAUAGAUACCUCUUAUAUCAGAUUCUACUGGAUAAUAGAGAGAGGCUUGUCGAUAAACUCUGAAAGAUUUAUCAAAUCACUUUUGCCAAAACAAUGAAGUUCAAAGAGCUGAAACAGAACAGGUGUGUCAGCGCGUCCUGCCUAGCCAUGCUGCCAUAGUGUGAGUUGAGUCUCCACAUGUCAGUUGUGUUGGCUGAUCAAAACAGGUGUCAGAGGAACAGCAGACAACAUAAUAUAAACAUUGAGAGGGGAUGAUCCUCUAAUGACAACCUCUGUCGUGGUGACACAUGUUUAGACCACCGCUGAUUUUAGAAAACCCUAAUCGCCCAUCGUAAUAUGAGUGGUGGCUAACCCUCUCUCUCUCUCUCUCUCUCCUUUCAAAGAUUUCUCUCAAUCUUUCAAAACCGCUGCACAGUCUCUGUGAAUACAAUAAAACGUUAUUAGCAAUGGGUAUUUCGCUAUUUCCGACAGCGUCAGAAGGAGUAGUACCACUUCUUGUUUCUUAAAGAACAUGGUAAUUUCUGUUUUUCAUAUUGUUGGAUACGAUACUGAACCCUCCAUGGAGAUAGAGGAAGACAAGCCUAAAGAGGAUAGGAGAAGAAGAAUCUCGAUAACGCAGUUCAAGUCUCUGUGUUAAAACAGAGGAUAAGAAGAAGAGAAAGGAGUAGAGUCUUGUGUGUGUCAUUGGGGGUAAAGAGAAAGAGAAAGUGAGUGAGUUGGUUUCUUGCAAGCAUUUCUUCCACAGAGCUUGUUUGGACAACUGGUUUGGUAAUAAUCACACGACCUGUCCUCUUUUAAGGAAGAUACCAACAUUCAAUUUCCUCUGUUUUUGUAUUUUUUUCCUCUGCUACGUCCUAUGUUUUUUACCCUUUUGGUAUUUUUGUUUUCCCUCUUUUGGUAUGGAAAAGAGGUUUUUUUUCAUAAUAAAGAAGACUUGAAUUGUUGUGUGUUUGUUGUCUAAUGCAAAAAUCAGAUUUCGA